AUGGCCGACGAGACUGCUCAGCCCGAUAUCAUUGCGAACAAGGCGCCUUCCGUGUUUCCUUAUUCCUCCGAGGCUGUCUCAACGACUGUCUCGGCUUCAUCUCAAGAAGACCAAUUAAACCGUAACAAAAAACCAAAUAGGCAAAGUUAUAAAUCUCAGCCAAUUGUCGAUGGCAAAGGAAGCAAGUCGGCUGGUAGUCUUACUGAUGACGCCGGUGCCACUUUUGGCGAAUUUCAAGGUACAUCCAGGGCGACUGCUGUAAAAACCAAAGACAGUAAGGAUGAUUCGGAAAACACCUCCGGAGCGCUUGAAUCUCUUCGACAAAUGAUUGCUAGUAUAAAAUCCAUGCCUGCGCCACCCAAGUCACAAAAGACUGAAGAGAAUCCAGUCGACGUGCCUUCAAAACAUAGAAGACAUGAAUCGAGCGCCAGUAAUACUAGUAAACGUCCUAAUCCUGUGGGAAAUAAACACAAGAAAAACGCGUCUGUUUCAUUCUAUUUCCCCGCAAGUGGUUCUGCAAGCGGUUCUUUGAAGUCUAUUCCAGACUCUGAAGAUGGCAAACCCAUAGACAUUGAGAAAUCUUUACAAGAUACGCUUUCCUCUCUGAGACGUAUGAGCCACGACAAGGGUAAGGCUCAGAAUAAGAACACAGAAAGUAAGGGAAAGGAAACAGAGAAUGAUGAGGUUCCGCCUUCCGAAAGAAAGUUGGAACAAGAAGUGGCAAAACCUCCAUUUGAUUGGAAACGGCUAACUAAUGAUCAGUCGCAAGGCAGCAGCAAAAAGGCUCAUCGCCGUUAUCAAUCUCUCGGCUUCAGUUUGACUCCAGCUGCGCCGACUUCGGUUUCAGGAGCCGUACCCGUAGCUCUCAAAGCGGCAGUUCAGUCACAUCAUCGAAGGCAUAGCGUCGCUCUUAAUGGCAGCAAGGAUGUUUUGAAAGAAUUGGAGAAAAGCCAAGGUAAAUCCGGUGCAGAUAAUAAGAACGGUCAUCGCCGUACUGGAUCCAGAAAUGUUGAUGGUAAUUGGAGAACCGCUUCUCCUCUUCUCCCAUUUAAUUAUUCUAAAUAUGCCACCGGACCGAAGAAAGUUCAAGCUAAUCAGCAAAAUGCCAAUAACCAACAGCAACGAAAAUCGCUGUUUGCACCUUAUCUCCCGCAAGCAUCUCUACCUCAACUCCUGAAAAGUAACGAACUUGUAUCAGGGGUUCUGCGUAUCAAUAAGAGAAAUCGCUCCGACGCGUAUGUAACCACGGAGACUUUAGAUGCUGAUAUUUAUAUAUGUGGUUCCAAGGAUAGAAAUCGCGCCUUAGAGGGGGAUAUCGUAGCGGUUGAAUUAUUGGAUCCAGAAAAAGUGUGGCAAACUAAGAAAGAAAAAGAAGAAAAGAAAAGGAAAAAGGAAGAAAGUAUUGGCAUUGAUAGAAAAAAAAUUGACAAGAAGAAGGAUGACGUAGAAGUAGAAGGACAGGGUUUAUUGCUGUUUGACGAUGAUGAUAUAGUUAGUGACGAACAGAGACCAAAAUAUUGUGGUCAUAUAGUAGCUGUUAUGGAACGCAUGCCUGGUCAGCUUUUCUCUGGCACUCUAGCUUUGCUUCGACCAUCCUCUACGGCGACCAAGGAAAGAGAGGCAGCAGAAAAGGCUCGGCGUGAAGCUGAAGAUAGAGCUGCUGGUAUUGAACCAAGAGAGGUGUCAAAAGACGAUAGGAAAGACGAGAGGACUGAGCGACCAAAGAUUGUUUGGUUUAAACCGACUGACAAGCGUGUUCCGCUGAUUGCGAUUCCUACUGAACAAGCUCCUGAAGGUUUUGUUGAGAAUCAUCAGUCUUAUGCCAAUAAAUUAUUUGUUGCGUGCAUCAAACGUUGGCCUAUUACUUCACUGCAUCCAUUUGGUACUUUAGUUACUCAACUUGGAGAUAUCGGCGAUAUCAAUGUCGAAACCGAUGCAUUACUUAAAGAUAAUAAUGUGAUAUCUGAAGAUUUCAAUGAAAACGUUCUCAAAUGCCUACCAACGAUGCCUUGGCAAAUUUCCGAGAAGGAAAUAGAAACUCGUCGCGAUUUACGUGACAGAAGAAUAUUUACUAUUGAUCCACCAACUUCCAAAGAUUUAGAUGAUGCUGUUUCCUGUACUCGACUACCCGAUGGCAAUUAUGAGAUAGGGGUACAUGUUGCUGAUGUCAGCUAUUUUGUGAAACCGAAUACUGCUCUUGAUCGUGAUGCUCGCAAGAGAGCUACUACAGUAUAUCUCGUGCAGAAGUCUGUACCCAUGUUACCAUUAUUGCUUUCAGAAGAAAUAUGCAGUUUGAACCCAGUUAUUUGGAAGAUGAAUCCCGAAGGGAAAAUAAUGGAAACUUGGUUUGGGAGAACGAUAAUCCGUUCUUGCGCCAGGCUGUCUUAUGAUGAUGCUCAAGACGUUAUUGAAGGAAAGCCCCUAAAUCCUGCAGUCAAAUUGUAUAACGAUCAUCACGUUACCAACGAAAUCGAAGCUGAUAUUAGGAUUUUUAAUGAGCUAUCUCAACGUCUUCGUGAGAAUCGUUUUAAGAGGGGAGCGUUAACCUUAGACUCGAUAGAACUUACCUUUGAUAUAGAUGAGCAAAACUAUCCAAUUGGAUGUCAUGUGAAGGAAAGUAAGGAUGCCAAUCGUCUGAUCGAAGAGUUUAUGUUACAGGCAAAUAUGAGUGUUGCCCAGAAGAUUUCAAGCGCUUUUCCUGAACAAGCACUAUUAAGACGUCAUGCUGCUCCUAUUGACCGCAAACUCGACGAAUUUGCUGCACAUGCUUUUGCGUUGGGCUACGAGUUUGAUUGUCAUUCUGCUGGAGCUAUACAAAGAUCUUUUGAUGCUAUCGAGGACUGUGAUGUGAAACAGGUCUUAAAACUUCUAGCCAUUAAACCCAUGCAAAAAGCCAAAUAUUUUUGCACUGGCACCUUGGAUAUCGCCAAAUAUCACCAUUACGCUCUCAACGUUCCUCUUUAUACUCAUUUUACAUCGCCCAUCCGACGAUACGCUGAUGUCAUUGUUCACCGGAUGUUGGAAGCUGCUCUAGCUGGCGAAAAGCGCUUUUACCUCGAUAAAGAUACCGUUCAAAAGACGGCAAACCAUUGUAAUGUAAAGAAGGAUGCAGCAAGGAAUGCAACGGAGCAAAGCAAUCAUUUGUUUCUCUGUGUUCUUUUUCAAAGUAUGGCUGAGCGGACUGGCCCGGUUAUUCGCGAAGCAAUUGUGAUUGGUGUUAAAGAUCAUGCGUUCGAUGUCUUCAUCCCGGCCUUUGGUAUUGAAAAGCGUGUCCAUUUGGACCAAUUACCGUUGGAGAAAUUCGUUUAUAAAGAAGAGUCAGGCGAAUUGAUCUUGCAAUGGAAACCCGGUGCAAAUUCACUUGAGCCGAUACCAGACGAUGGCUCCCAUGAAGAAGAGGAUGUUCUAGACGUUGAUGAGGAAGCUUUGCUGGAUAACGAUGAUUACCAUUAUGAAUUAAUGGACGUUACGAGCCUUCCCAUUGAAGAUGAGCAUAGAUUAUUUGACAAUGCUUCAGAUGUUGGCGAAGACGAGACGGAGGAUGAGGGAGUUCCUGCUGAAGAUAAUCCAACGCAUUCUACCGAUAAGGGUGCGGUUGUUCCUGAAUCAUCAACAUCACCUCUCACCGAAAUAGCAAUUGUAGAAACGAUUAGUCCGGUUGCAGUGACUAAUGAAUCGUUACCGAAAAGAAAUGUUACAUCUAUUCCUAAAGUUCCUCAACCGCCUAAGAUAACACAUAUAGCAGAUCCUGCUGUUCCCAAUUCUCAAGUGAUUAGGGAGCUGUACUAUGUGCAGGUUGUGAUGAUGACAGACCGCAAGAAAAGUCCACCUGUCAUUAAAGUUCUAGCCGUGAAUCCGUACUUUUGA